AAAACUAUAUCUGAUAACAUUGAUCUUUUGGACUACGAGGAUGAGGAGCUAAACAAGCCAACCACCGAGCAGGUCGCCAAAAAACCAAAAAAAUACAUGAAGGGCACAUAUGUGUCCAUGCACAGCUCCGGCUUUCGUGAUUUUCUGCUGAAACCCGAAAUACUGCGUGCCAUUGUGGACUGCGGUUUCGAGCAUCCAUCUGAGGUGCAAACCGAAUGCAUACCACAAGCCGUACUCGGCUUGGAUCUUCUGUGUCAGGCCAAGUCUGGUACGGGUAAGACCGCAGUGUACGUGCUAGCAACGCUACAGCAGCUGGAACCCAAGGAGCAUGUGCCCAACGUACUGGUUAUGUGUCACACAGAUGAGUUGGCCUACCAGAUUGGCAAAGAGUACGAACGCUUCGCCAAGUAUAUGACGAAUGUGCAGAUCGGUAUCUACUGCGAUGGCUCAGCCAUACAAAAUGAUGAGGAAUCGCUCAAAGACACCAUGCCACACAUCAUUGUCGGCACUCCAGGACGCAUAUUGGCUUUGAUACGCAACAAGAAACUGAAUUUGAAGCAUCUCGAACACUUCGUGCUCGAUGAAUGCGAUCAAAUGUUGGAGGCGAUUGAUAUGCGUCGCGAUGUGCAGGAGAUCUUCCGCAGCACACCAUACGCCAAGCAGGUGAUGAUGUUCUCCACCACGCUGAGCAAAGACACGCGUGCGGUGUGUAAGAAAUUCAUGCAAGAUCCCAUGAGUUUAACAUACAAUGAAUAUCAUUAACUCGCAUAAACUCAGGUUUAUUAAAAAUUUUCGUGUUUAAAUAAUAAAACAUAACAUUAAAAAGAAAAAAAAUUAACUCGAGUUUAUUUCUAAUUUUGGUGUUUACCAUAAACACCGAGUUUAUCAUACCAUGAAUACCUUUAACUCACUUCAAUUAACACAUUUUUGGUGUUUAUGAGGAUACAGCAUAAACUUAAGUUUAUUAAUAAAACUCAGAGUUUAACAUAAUUUAACAUAAACAUAAUUUAACAUAAACUCAGAGUUUAACCAAAACAGUUCUACUCAAUUUAAUUUUGGCAGUUUGCCAUCAAAGAGAGCGCUGCCAGUUUUUGAUAAACUCGCUAGCUUAAACUCGAGUUUAUGAAAAAAAGUUGGAGUUUUAGAAAAAUACACAGACAUUUU